UAUAUUUUUAUUUUAGAAAGACAAAGGAAAGGGACUUUGUUCUUUGGCCAAUAGGCAUAGGGACAUUUAAGAUGAAUGAUAACAGCCAUUUCCCAAGAGAUAUAAAAGAGGCUUACUCAAUCCAUGGCCAUCCAAAAGCCAACUAGGAAAGAGCAACAGCAUCUCCAAAGCUUCUAUAUGCUUGCAAUGGAGGAGGAUUCUAGCCAAUUGGCAAAACCAGAAACUCCCCAUAACAUGGAAGCUAAAGCUGAUGAAGAAGAAAGAGACCCUGAAAGCAAUUCUCUAUGUCAGCCACUUCUCAAGAGAAACACAACUCUCUCUUCCACUCCACUAGCCUUGGUUGGAGCCAAGGUCUCCCAUAUAGAGAGCUUGGAUUAUGAGAUAAAUGAGAAUGAUCUUUUCAAGCAUGAUUGGAGAAGCAGAUCCAAACUACAAGUUUGGCAGUACAUAUUCUUGAAAUGGGUUCUGGCUUUCCUUGUUGGAUUGCUAACAGGAUUAACUGCCACUCUGAUCAAUCUUGCAAUUGAGAACAUUGCCGGCUACAAGCUUCUUGCUAUUAUUAGUUUCAUCAAGGAGGGAAGGUAUAUAUCUGGGCUGGUCUUUUUCACCGGUGUCAAUUUUUUGCUGACCUUGGUUGCUGCAGUUCUCUGUGUGUGUUUUGCCCCAACUGCAGCCGGUCCUGGUGUUCCGGAAAUCAAGGCUUAUCUCAAUGGAGUGGAUACUCCUAACAUGUUUGGUGCUACAACAUUGCUUGUCAAGAUCGUUGGCAACAUUGGAGCAGUUUCAGCUGGCUUGGAUCUGGGGAAAGAAGGGCCUUUAGUGCACAUUGGGAGUUGCAUUGCUGCUUUACUAGGCCAAGGAGGGCCUGACAACCACCGUCUUAAGUGGCAGUGGAUUCGCUACUUCAACAAUGAUCGUGAUCGAAGAGAUAUCAUCACCACUGGUUCUUCCUCAGGUGUUUGUGCAGCUUUCCGUGCCCCAGUGGGAGGUGUCCUAUUUGCUCUCGAAGAGGUUGCAACGUGGUGGAGGAGUUCUCUUCUCUGGAGAACUUUCUUUAGUACAGCAGUUGUGGUGGUGGUGCUUAGAGCAUUCAUUGAAAUCUGCAAUUCUGGAAAAUGUGGCCUUUUUGGAACAGGAGGGUUGAUUAUGUUCGAUGUUAGUGAUGUAAAAGUCAGCUACCAUCCCAUGGAUGUAAUCCCUGUGAUCAUAAUUGGAAUUAUUGGUGGACUUUUGGGAAGCUUAUACAAUCAUGGUCUCCAUAUGGUCCUCAGACUCUACAGUCUUAUUAACCAGAAGGGGAAAUUGCAUAAACUAGUUCUAGCUCUUACCGUCUCACUCUUUACCUCAGUUUGCCAAUAUUGUCUCCCUUUUCUAGCGCAAUGCAGAGCUUGUGAUCCCUCUUUUUCGGAAGCUUGUCCCACAAAUGAUCGGUUCGGGAACUUCAAGCAGUUUAACUGUCCGGAUGGCUACUAUAAUGAUCUAGCUACCCUCCUCCUUACAACUAAUGAUGAUGCUGUUCGAAACAUUUUCUCCACCAACACUUCCUCUGAAUUCCAACCUACGUCCAUCUUAAUCUUUUUUGCACUUUAUUGCAUCUUAGGGCUCAUUACUUUGGGCAUUGCUGUUCCUUCUGGUCUCUUCCUCCCUAUCAUCCUCAUGGGCUCAAGUUAUGGUCGACUUCUCGGUAUGGCCAUGGGAUCAUAUACAAACUUAGACCAGGGGCUUUAUGCUGUUCUUGGUGCAGCCUCCCUUAUGGCUGGCUCAAUGAGAAUGACUGUGUCAAUUUGUGUGAUAUUCCUUGAACUCACAAACAACCUUCUUUUGCUGCCAAUAACAAUGAUAGUCCUUCUGAUAGCAAAAACUGUUGCAGACACCUUCAACACCAGCAUCUAUGAGAUUAUACUGGAACUUAAAAGCCUCCCUUUCCUGGAUGCAAAUCCUGAGCCCUGGAUGAGAAAUCUCACUGUUGGUGAGCUUGCCGAUGCCAAGCCACCAGUAGUCACUCUUUGUGGGGUGGAAAAAGUUUCGCGAAUUGUGGAUGUAUUGAAGAACACUACACAUAAUGCAUUCCCCAUUGUAGAUCAGGGUGUGCUGGUGCCAGGCUCUGUGGCCACCGAGGCAACAGAGCUGCAUGGACUGAUCCUCAGAGCUCACCUUGUUCAAGCCCUGAAGAAGAAAUGGUUCCUGCUAGAGAAAAGAAGAACAGAGGAAUGGGAAGUGAGGCAGAAAUUCAACUGGGUUGAGCUGGCUGAAAGGGAACUAAAGAUUGAGCAGGUGGCUGUGACCCUUGAUGAAAUGGAAAUGUAUGUUGAUUUACAUCCUCUCACUAAUACAACCCCUUACACGGUGGUGGAAAGCAUGUCAGUGGCUAAAGCAAUGAUUCUAUUCAGGCAAGUCGGACAACGGCAUUUGCUAAUCGUGCCAAAGUAUCAAGGGGCAGGGGUUCCUUCUGUAGUUGGGAUCUUGACCAGGCAGGACUUACGGGCAUACAACAUUUUGACUGCCUUUCCUCAUUUAGCAAGAUCCAAAGGGGAAGAAAAGGAUAGUUGAUGUCUCGUAAUUAAAAAAAAUGUAUAA